AUGUGCAAGGGACUCGCUGCACUGCCAGCCACUUGCUUAAAAAGUGCCAAAGACAUGAAGCACCGUCUGGGCUUCUUGCUGCAGAAGUCAGAUUCCUGUGACUACAGCUCUUCCCAGGGCAAGAAGGAGAAGAUAUCUUCAAGCCAGAGGCUCAGCCAAGAGGAAGUCAGGAAAUGGGCAGACUCCUUGGAAAAUCUGAUCCAUCACGACAGAGGACUGGCUGCUUUCCGUGCUUUUCUCAAGUCUGAGUACAGUGAGGAAAAUAUCGAGUUCUGGGUCAGUUGUGAGGAGUACAAGAAAACCAAGUCACCAUCCAAGCUCAGCCCCAAGGCCAGGAAGAUUUAUGAUGAGUUCAUCUCAGUGCAGGCCACGAAAGAGGUGAACUUGGAUUCAUGCACACGGGAGAAAACAAGCCACAAUAUGCUGGAGCCCACACUGUCCUGCUUUGAUGAGGCCCAGAGGAAAAUAUUCACCCUCAUGGAAAAGGAUUCUUACCGCCGUUUCCUCAAGUCCCCUUACUACCUGGACUUGGUCAGCCCACCUGGUGCUGGCUGUGGGCCCGAAAACUGCAAAAGAAACCACACUCACAGCUUAGACUGCAACUCCAACAUCAUCUCUCAGUGUGCCUGA